AACUGGAUGUGGAAAAUGGGCGUGUAUUUAAUAACUUGCAGAAUAAAAAUAAUUAAUAUUGAGGUGUGACAUUUUGUGCUUCAGCAAAGUUGUAAUGGCUUCAGAAAAGUCUUCUUUGCUUGAUCGAAACUACAGUACAAACUCUGCCCUCUCGGUCCCUAUCACGUCCGAAGACCCAAGACCUCUACGAGAAGAUGCAAGUACAUCCGUGGCCAAUCCUUUCACGAACAAGAGAGUAGGCGAGGCGACCUCGGCCUUAGACUCCUCGACCAUAGAAGCCUCCACUCACCACCAGUUGUCUUCUAAUGAUCCUCGAGAGAUUCUCUUUGCUCUCGAGAGAGCAGCAGAUUUAUUAAGAGGGCAGGUAGAAGAGGAUGAGCAGGUUCACAGAGUAAGGAAGAGGCCUCUAUUACCUGUAUGGCUCACUAAUCAUCUUUUACUAAUCACGUUCCUUAUCCAGGUGGUCGGUGUUGGUGUGCUGGAGAUAUUCCAUGCAGUGAGUGGUCUGGAUGGCACUAACACUACUGAAGCUGACGCCAUCGUUGUUGACAGUGGUGAUGGUGUACUGUGCCUCAUUGAAUUGAUACACCUGUUAGUUGUUGUGGUCGUUUCUUUCAAGCUUGUUAAACAAGUUAUUCAUCACACUGCUACUGGUGUCUUUCUGGCUCAGUGCUACCUCUCAACUGUUCUCUUAUUUGCUGGCUUGUAUACAUUUGAAUUUAGAAUUUCACCUUCAGCAUGGGACAAUCUUAAUGCUAACAAAGCCACUCAUCCGACAUUUGUGUACCUGAAGAUGCUCUAUUUCUCUGUAUCCACUGCUACACUCUGUGGGAGACAGAAACCUCCAAUAUGUCCUGGCAGUGUAGCCUAACUUUAUCAACAAGAACAUCCCUGGGUACAUGUAUGGUAUAAAGGUCACCUCAUUACCUCAAUGUCCACAUUGUUUGUAUUAUUAAUAUUGCACAAUAAUAAUAAUAAUAAUAAUAAUGAUAAUGAUAAUGAUAAAUAAUAAUAGAAUUUGAUUUGAUUUUAUUUUAUUUAACCUCUCUUGGCUUUGUGCUCUUUUCCUUGUUCUUAUCCUGUCCCACAUCUAAAUGACUAUUUCUUUUCUUUGUUGUACUUAUUGUUAUUGUUAUUGUUAUUGUUUAGAACAGAGAACAACAAUAAUAACAAUAAUUAAAAAUGAUUUAAUAUUUUGAAACAAUAUAUUAAAUAAUGAUAGUUCCCUUUUACUAGGCUCCUGAGUAUGGUAUGAUGAAAUGUUUUAUUUUAAA